AUGCCAUCACAAGUUACUGCUUCAAUAUCCAACGAAACUCUGGUGGGUCUCAAUGAUGAGGUAGAAUGUAUAAUUGAUAGACUUGUGAGAGGAUCAAGGCAGUUGGAUAUUGUUGCCAUUGUGGGUAUGCCUGGGCUUGGUAAGACAACAUUAGCUAGUAAAGUUUAUAGUGAUCAUUCAAUAAAGUUCCACUUCCACAUUCGUGCUUGGCAUACUGUUUCUCAAGUAUAUAGCAAGCACAAUUUGUUAUUGCAGAUUUUGUGUGUUAUUGAUUCUAGGAGUUCUGACCAAUAUCAUAAGAUGAAUGAAGAUGAUUUGGCUGAAAAGCUAUACCAACAAUUGAAAGGAAAGAGGUAUGUCAUUGUUUUGGAUGAUGUUUGGGACAUUGACGGGUGGAAUUUGUUGAAACACUCAUUGCCAGAUGAUUGCAAUGGAAGCAGGAUACUCUUAACUAGUAGAUUCCAGAAUUUAUCUUUGCAAAUUAAACCUGAUAGCAAGCCUCACCAUCUUCGCCCACUUACUGAUAAAGAGACAAGAUAUUGUAAGGGCCUGCCGCUUGCAGUUGUCCUUGUUGUUGGAAUUCUCGGUACUACUCAGCAAGACUGCUGGGAAGAAGUGGCAAGACAUCUAAGUUCCACCAUUUUUGUGGACAAUGAACACUGCAUGGAGACACUUGAGCACAGUUAUAAUUAUUUACCAUAUUAUUUAAAACCAUGCCUUCUUUACUUGGGUGCAUUUCCAGAAGACCGAGAUAUUCCUGUCCGAAAGUUGUUACGGCUUUGGAUCUCUGAAGGAUUUGUGCUAAAAACUGAAGGAAAGAGUUUAGAGGAUAUGGUGGACAACUAUUUGAUGGAUCUAAUUGGGAGAAGUUUAGUUAUGGCUACUCAACGAAGAUCUUUAGGUGGGAUCAAAGUUUGCCGAAUUCAUGAUUUGGUACAUGAGUUUUGCAUGGCAAAAGCAAAAGAAGAAAAUUUUCUACAGAUUUUACAUGGAUAUGACCUUCUUACUGGACCGUGUAACCCCUACCGGCUGUCCAUUUUCCCUACCACCAGUGGGGGACCUACAAAGUCAUGGCAGUUUUUUCCCAAUUUGCGUUGUUUGCUCUUCUUUGAUUGUAAUCAUGGACUGCAGCUAUACAAGUCACACAAAUUUCUCUUAUAUAAACUUCUUAGAGUGCUGGAUUUGGAGGAGAUCUUUUGUCCAUAUUUUCCAAGGGAAGUAUUAUUCCUUGUUCAUUUGAGGUACAUGAGAAUUAAAUUGGGCAGCACGAAAAUUCCAUCUGCAAUAGCCAACCUCUCAAGGUUAGAAACUUUUGCCGUAGGAGGACCCUUUCAUAAAUUUCAGUUACCGAACACUAUCUGGAACAUUAAAACAUUAAACCAUCUUGUUGUUUUUCCAAGUUUUGAAAUUUUUUCAAAUAAUGGACGUGGUUUUGAAUUUCCCGUCGACAAUCUUGAAGGCUCUCCAGAUUUAGAACACUUAGAAACUUUAUCCCUUGCAAUCGAUCCCUCUUCUGAAAGUCAAAGCUUGCAAAAGAUACUCUCAAAGUUACCGAGCAUCCGCAGGCUAACAUGCAUGCAUGGGGCUGACAAAUGGAUUUCUGAAUACAACGCAUCUCCUAGAAAUUACAAUGGGAUUCUCAUGCUGGACUACUUGAGUCGUUUAGAAUCACUUAAGAUGGGUGGAUUUGCCGGAUCUGAGUUUGAAUUCCCAUUGAAUUUGAGAAAGUUAAGUCUCUUACAUAAUCGUCAGCCAUGGAGUAAAAUUUCAGCUAUUGGAAAGCUGCCCAACCUUGAAGUACUUAAAUUACGCGAUGAUUCCUUUGUGGGGGAAAAAUGGGAAAUGGAAGACGGGGAGUUCCAAAACCUCCGAUUCUUGGAAUUGUCAAAGUUGGACAUUCGCUGGUGGACUGCCUCUUCUGAUAAUUUUUGCUGUCUUGAGAAAUUGGUUUUGUAUAAUUGCGAUCGCCUCAAAGAGGUCCCUUGUUGUUUAGGGGAAACCCUCACUCUUGAUACGAUUGAGGUGAAACAGUGUUCUAAGUCUGCCGUAAAUUCUGUGAAGCAAAUUCAGCAAGAACAGAUGGAUGUGGGAAAUGAGGAUCUAAAGGUCGUUAUUGUUGAUCUAUGGCAUCUUCUUGGUGCCAAUUCAGAAAGCGAGUGA